CAUAAAAUAUAAGAACCUUGUCAGCAAUUGAACAAUAAAAACGCUAUUCAAACCAAUUCACUUGGCGUGCAAAAGACUCCAAACUGAUUAUUGUGUAUUUGAACUAUUGUCCCAUGAAUGUUCCACCAAGAUAUAUACAAUUGUGUGUAUAUAUGUGUAUAUAUAUGUACAUACUCUAAUACAAAACAACUACAACCCAAUUCCCUUGAAGUGAGUCUAGUUCAUUUAACUUUUUCAUAUCUGCUAAACAAAAGCUCUUUAGUCACAAGCUAUGGCAUCUACUGAGAAAGUUGACCCUGAACAAGGAAAGGAAGCUCCUCCAUCUCCCAAACCAAUCUCAGGGCCCUCAUCAGCUACUUGUACAGCUGAAGCUACUUGCUUUAAAGUUGAUGUGGCUUUAAGGGUCUUGUUGUUUGCAUCAACAGUGGCUGCUAUUGUUGUUCUUGUUACUAGCAAGCAAACUGUUCGAGCUCCUUUCCCACUUUCGGCCAAGUUCAAUCACUCUCCGGCGUUCAUAUACUUUCUAGUGGCUUUAUCAAUUGCCGGUCUUUACAGUUUAGUUACUACUCUAGGAUCAAUUUCAGUCAUCCUGAAGCCUGAAUACUCAUCUAAAUUCUUGCUCUACUAUGCCAUUUUUGAUGUGGUAAGCUCUCUAUUCUAUUCACUUAUAAAAGAUAUUAUAGAUGAAAGACAAGCCUUACUUGUUGUAAGGAAAGAAAAGAAAGCCAAUAUUAAGCUGAUGUGCAUAUCUAUUGGUAAUGAUGCAGCUCAUACUGGGGUUGGUUGCCUCAGCCACUGGCACAGCUGGAGGAGUAGCAUAUGUUGGAUUGAAGGGCAACGAUCAUGUCAGGUGGCAGAAGGUGUGCUCAACUUUUGACAAGUUCUGUCAACAUUUGGCCGGCUCUCUUGCAGUUUCUUUGUUUGCCUCGGUUUUGCUGGUUUUACUAAUCUGGCUCUCUGUGUUCUCCAUCCACAAGAAAAUCCCAAAGUAAAGCCUCACAAAGCCAUUUCAUGUCUUGGAUUUGUGUGUUAUAUCAGAUAUCAGUGUUUGGAUUUGUGUAUAUCUUAUUUGUAUAUGUUUUCUACUUGUGCAGCAUAUCUCAUUGAUCCAUUGUUUUAUAUUGUUCCAUCUGUAGUUUAUGAAUCCUGUAAUUGAACUUCAUUGACAUGUAGUUGUAAGAGAUUUGUUCAAGUACUCUAUCAAGUUGUGGUCUCAAAGUCUCACAAACCAAUAUAAGUAGUACUUGUGUUUAUAAUUCCUUUCCUUGUUUCCAAAAGUCAUAAGAAGUUGCGUUUUCUCAAAACUUUCCUAUGCAAUAAUUUAUUAAGAUAAUAAUAAAGACUUGUUCAAAA